AAACAAACAAAAUAAACAAAUCUGGAUUCUGGUUUUAAACCAUUUUAUGUGAAAUUUCAAAAGUUGAAAUUGAAUAUAUUUUUUAAACUUAAUUAGCUGCUUUCAAUUCUUUUUUAUUUUUCCACGAAAAAACUCAUUAAAUGGAUCCUGGCAAGAUUAAACAACUCAAAGAAACGGUCGUCAAUCGCAUUGCUGCCGGUGAGAUUAUCCAAAGGCCAUCUAACAGUAUUAAAGAACUCAUUGAAAAUAGCCUUGAUGCCAAUUCAUCAUUAAUACAAAUAACCGUAAAAAGUGGUGGCUUAAAACUUCUUCAAAUUCUUGACAAUGGAACUGGUAUUCGCAAAGAAGAUAUGGAAAUAGUUUGCAGACGGUUUACCACAUCUAAAUUAACUGAUUUUGAAGACUUAUCACACAUCGCAACGUUCGGCUUUCGUGGUGAAGCUUUGGCUAGCAUAAGUCAUGUAGCACAUUUGACUAUACAAACCAAAACAAAAGAUGAACCAAGCGCUUAUAAGGCUUCAUACAUAGAUGGGGAGCUUUCAGCACCGCUGACUCUAUGCGCUGGAACACAAGGUACUAUUAUCACUAUCGAAGAUUUAUUCUACAACAUGCCACAAAGAAAGCAAGCUUUAAGAUCUCCAAGUGAGGAAUUUCAAAAAAUUGCUGAUGUUGUAAUGAAGUACGCAGUACAUAAUUCAAAAGUUGGUUUCACUCUCAAGAAAGAAGGAAUAAAUCCGUUUUUUCGAACAAUGCCGAAAAGCACAUCAAGAGACAAUAUCAAAAACUUAUAUGGCAUGCAGAUUUUCAAAGAACUGAUGGAUGUGGAACUAAAGGAUGAUCUCCACAAGUUUAUUAUGAAAGCUUUAAUAACUAAACUAUCAUAUUCGUCAAAAAAACUUACAUUUCUGCUUUUUAUCAAUCAUCGCUUAGUAGAUUCAAGUUCCUUAAAACAAGCCAUUGAUUCGGCAUAUAGCUCUUUCCUUCCAAAAGGUGCUCACCCUUUUAUUUAUAUGAGCCUUGAACUUGAACCAACAAAUGUUGAUGUUAAUAUUCAUCCAACUAAGCACGAAGUUCAUUUUUUAAAUGAACAUGAUAUAAUUGAAAAGAUUAGAGCAGCAUUGGAAGAGACUUUGCUCAGUAGUAAAACAGCAAAAAAAGUGUACCAACAAAUGAAACUUCCUUGUGCACCGAGCAGUGACAAAUUGGAGCCGAAAAAUUCAGCACAAACAGAAGCGAUAAGAGCCAAUAGUUUUGUUAGAACAGAUUCGAAGGAUCAAAAGCUAGAGAAGUUCCUAAUCAAUCCGCAAUCCUCAAAAAUGAAUACGCCUGGCCAGGAACUAAGUUUUUCAGAAGAAUCAGCUAUGAGUUUCAAAGUUGUCAAGCUAACAAGUGUUCUUAAGAUGAGAAAGCAAGUUCAGGAUGAGUGCAGCACUGAUAUGAGGAAGACUAUAAAAGAUAUGGUAUUUGUUGGAGUUGUGGAUAAGACAUUCGCAAUUUAUCAAUAUGGAGUGCGAAUGUAUCUUUGCAAUAUAAACAAGAUGUGUGAGGAAUUCUUUUACCAGAGACUUGUGUUCAAGUUUCAAAACUUCAAAGAAAUUAUUUUCGACCCGGGUUUAUGUAUUAAAGAUCUUAUUAUUAUAGCUUUUGAAUCUAUUAACUGGAGUGACGCUGAUGGCAGUAAAGAAGAGAUCGCAAAAAGGACUACAAAACUGCUUAUUGAAAAAUCGGCAUUAAUGAAGGAGUAUUUCUCCCUAAAAAUUACCGAAUAUGGUAUACUUGAAAGUAUUCCAUCGCUUUUAAAUAAUCACGAACCCAACUUAACUUUCCUACCAAUGUAUCUUCUACGAUUAGCUACAAAAGUAAAUUGGAAUGCAGAGGACGAGUGCUUCGAAAGCUUCUGCCGUGAAACGGCGCGAUUUUAUGCCAGUGUUGCUAUUUCUGAUGUAUCAUCAAGAAAAUAUAAGUGGACGAUGGAACAUAUCAUCAGUCCAGCGCUAAAAAAAGAAUUUCUGCCCAGUGGUCAAAUUAAAGAGCAAAUGUAUGAGCUAACAAAUCUUCAGACUCUGUAUAAAGUAUUUGAAAGAUGUUAAAUGAUUAUGUUGGAGAUUUUAUUUUUUGUUUAAUAAAGGUACAUAUUAAGUUAAAUAGUUUAUAAAUUA